AUGGCAUUUUCUGAACUCUUGGACCUAGUGGGUGGCCUGGGCAGGUUUCAGAUUCUCCAGAUGGUGGCUCUGGUGGUCCCUAUCAUGUGGCUCACCACUCAGAGCAUGCUGGAGAACUUCUCGGCCGCUGUGCCCAGCCACCGCUGCUGGGUUCCCCUCCUGGACAACAGCACUGACCAGGCCAGUGUCCCCGGGACCCUGAGCCCCAAGGACUUCCUGACCGUCUCCAUUCCAUUGGGCCCCAACCACGAGCCCCACCAGUGUCUCCGCUUCCGCCAACCACAGUGGCAGCUCCUGGACCCCAACGCCACGGCCACCAACUGGAGUGAGGCUGCCACAGAGCCGUGCGUGGACGGUUGGGUGUAUGACAACAGCACCUUCACCUCCACCAUCGUGGCCAAGUGGGACCUGGUGUGUGACUCCCAUGCCCUGAAGCCCAUGGCUCAGUCCAUCUACCUGUCUGGGAUGCUGGUGGGAGCUGCUGUGUGCGGCCGAGCCUCUGAUAGGUUUGGGCGCAGGCUGGUGCUGACCUGGAACUACCUUCAGAUGGCCAUGUCAGGCACGGCGGCCGCCUUUGCCCCCACCUUCCCCGUGUACUGCCUGUUCCGCUUCCUGGUGGCCUUUGCCGUGGCCGGCGUCAUGAUGAACACCGGCACUCUCCUGAUAGAGUGGACGUCGACACGGGCCCGAGCCUUGGCCAUGACUCUCAACACCCUGGGCUUCAGCUUCGGCCAGGUCCUGAUGGCCACAGUGGCCUACGGUGUGCGUGACUGGGCAUUGCUGCAGCUGGUGAUCUCUGUGCCCUUCUUCCUCUGUUUCGUGUACUCCUGGUGGCUGGCAGAGUCUGCACGAUGGCUCCUCAUCACAGGCAGGCUGGAGCAGGGUCUGCGGGAGCUGCGGAGGGUGGCUGCCAUCAACGGGAAGGGGGCGGUGGAGGACUCCUUGACCACCGAGGUCCUGCUCUCGGCCAUGCAGGAAGAGCUGAGUGUGGGCCAAGCUCCCUCCAGCCUGAAUGCUCUGUUCUGCAUGCCUAGACUGGGCCUCCGGACCUGUAUCUCCACUUUGUGCUGGUUUGCCUUCGGCUUCACCUUCUACGGCCUGGCCCUGGACUUGCAGGCCCUAGGCAGCAACAUCUUCCUGCUCCAGGCCCUCAUCGGGGUCGUGGACAUUCCAGCCAAGAUAGGCACCCUGCUGCUGCUGAGCCGUCUGGGCCGCCGGCCCACUCAGGCAGUGUCCCUGGUGCUGUCGGGGCUCUGCAUCCUGGCCAACACGCUGGUACCAUACGAGAUGGGGGCCCUGCGUUCAGCCCUGGCCGUGCUGGGGCUUGCGGGGCUGGGAGCCGCCUUCACUUGCAUCAGCAUCUUCACCGGUGAGCUCUUCCCCACCGUGCUCAGGAUGACGGCGGUGGGCCUGGGCCAGAUGGCAGCCCGUGGGGGAGCUAUUCUGGGGCCUCUGGUCCGGCUGCUGGGUGUGCACGGCCACUCGCUGCCCCUGCUGGUGUACGGGGCAGUGCCCGUGCUGAGCGGCCUGGUGGCCCUGCUGCUGCCAGAGACCCAGAGCCUGCCGCUGCCCGACACCAUUCAAGAUGUGCAGAACCAGGCAAAGAAGGCAACACAGAGCACCCUGGGGCCCAUGGUCCUGAAAUCCACACACCUUUAA